GAAGCAGCUUCGCGUUCCUUUGUUCUACGUUGGUGGAUAAAAACGUCGUGACUGCUGAAGUUGAAAGAUUCCUUCAAGCAGCGGCUCAUAGCAGCUGCCGACGAUCAUCUGCUACCGAGGUUUCACGUCAUAUUCAGUGGCUAUAAGCGACAGACGGGCCGGAAAACAAUCCUGCGGCAGAUGGAGACCGAGAGAGCAGAACCAGCUGGCGACUCGGAUGCACCUCUCCACCCUGCCCACCAGAUGUGUUCCGAGUCUGACACUGAUGACAGUGAGGACUGGAGAGAGACCAGUAACACUCGGUCAGAUUCCAUCUCUGUUGAGAAUCCAAAUGUUGAUGUCAAUGAGGAGCCAGAUGAUGCUGAUCACAAAUUACUGAUCUACUCGACAUGCGGGAAGAAAUGCACCUUGAAAGCUAAAUGGACAGAUUGCAGUGGACCUCCGACUUGUUUGCUUUGUGGGAACCAUUUUGAAACGAGAAGGAAACUGUUGAGCCACAUGAAAAUUCACGCUGGUGAAAAACCUUUCAUCUGCUCUCAGUGUGGUAAAUGUUGUUCACACCGCAACCAACUAAAGAAUCACAUGAGAGUUCACACUGGUGAAAAACCUUUCAACUGCUCCAAAUGUGGAAAAGGUUUUACACUUAACUGCAGCCUAAAGAAACACAUGAGAACUCACACUGGUGAAAAACCUUUCUUCUGCUCCCAGUGUGGUGUAUGUUAUUCAGAGAGCAGCAGACUAGUGAGACACAUGAGAGUACACACUGGUGAAAAACCUUUCUUCUGCUCCCAAUGUGGUAAAUGUUUUUCAGAGAGCCACAGACUUAAGUAUCACAUGAGAGCUCACACUGGUGAAAAACCUUUUAUCUGCUCCCAGUGUGGUAGAUGUUAUGCACAGAGCAACGGACUACAGUAUCACAUGAGAGUUCACACUGGUGAAAAACCUUUCAUCUGCUCCCAGUGUGGAAAAGAUUUUAUACUCAACAGUAGUCUAAAGAGACACAUGAGAACUCACACUGGUGAAAAACCAUAUAUCUGCUCCCAGUGUGGUAAAUGCUUUUCAGAGAGCACCAAACUAAAGAAACACAUCCCAGUUCACACUGGUGAAAAACCUUUCAUCUGCUCCCAGUGUGGUAAAUGUUAUUCAGAGAUCAACAGACUAAAGUAUCACAUGAGAGUUCACACUAGUGAAAACCUUUCAUCUGCUCCCAGUGUGGAAAAGGCUUUUCAGGUAGCCUCAACUUAGAGAAACACAUGAAACUUCCACCAUGUAAUAUCAUAAAAUACAGUGUUAUUCUGACAAGGUCCUCAUCAGUGAGUCAAAUGCCGUCGCCAUCUUGUGACAUCACCGGAGGUACCAAACACCGGCGUGCUGUGCACU